CGGCAUUGGUCGAUGGAAAAGCUAAACAUAUUCCAUACCGGGAUUCUAAACUAACAAGACUACUUCAAGAUUCUCUAGGAGGUAAUACAAGAACUUUAAUGAUCGCAUGUAUUAGUCCUUCAGAUAGAGACUAUAUGGAAACUUUGUCUACACUGCGAUACGCCAAUAGAGCAAAAAAUAUACACAAUAAACCGAAAGUUAAUGAGGAUCCGAAGGAUACAAUUUUACGUCAGUACCAAGAAGAGAUCCAAAGACUGAGAGACCUCUUACAAACCAAACAAACUAACAGUUUACGAAUUGAAGAUCUGACGAACACCUCUGAAGAAGAAAUAAUCGAAACUAUACCUAGCAGUUUCACCACCACUGAUUUAGAUGCCAAACGAGACAAGUUACUGAAAGAAUAUCAGGACGAAAUGAGGAAGCUUAAAAACCUCCAUCAGAACGAGAAGAACGAGAAAGAAAAAGUAAUGCAGCAAAUACAGGCGAUUAAACUAGACUACGAGAAGAACAUACAGCAGCUCAAUAAAGAAAUCAACUUCAAACAGAAAAAGGAACUCUGCUCUGAAGACGAGAUUGUGAACCGAAUAGAAGCACUCAAAGCCUCGAUUAUCGGAGGGGAGAGAGCAAAUGAUCAGGAGUUGUCAGAAAGACGCAAAAAGAAAAAAUUAGCUGCAGAAAGACGAGCCAGCGUGAUAGCUCAUUUAUUGGCGAAAAUUGAUAUGAACGAAGAUAGAGAACUAUUGCACAACCAAUACAAGGACAUCAGCCAGGAACUGAAUACCAAAACCGAGGCCUUGCGA